AUGGCUUUUACAGAUUGGAAAAAACUUGACAAGUGGCUUGAUAAACAUGGAUUAGAGCAAGGUUUUGCUUUUACAAUUACUCAUAGUGAUAAGGAUAAACAUGACAGUUUCCCUAGACGCCGUACUUAUGCAUGUACAAAGGGUCGAGCAUAUGUACCACAAAAAGAAGCACAUAUCAAUGAAGAACGUGAUAGAGGACAUCAUUCGGGUGAUUGCAAAUUUUAUAUUAAUGCUUACCGCAGAAAAAGAGAUAAUCUUGUUUAUAUCACGAAAAUCAAUGGUGAAUAUAAUCAUCCGCUUGUGGAAAAUAUCAACAUAGUUGCAUCCCACUAUCGUAAGCUUACUCCUGAGAUGCAUGACGAUGUAAAACUUCUUGCAACUUGUGGUGUUCGUGCUGACGCAAUUAUAGAAGUUUUGCAAGUUAAAUAUCCGGACAAGUUCAUCUAUUCUCGAAACAUUUAUAAUAUGGUUCAAACCAUCUGA